AGUCAUCAGAUUCUUGAAAACUCACCUCUGAACAGGAGCCCACUCUCCACCCCUGACACCAUGACCCACUCCUGCUGCUCCCCUUGCUGCCAGCCUACCUGCUGCAGGACCACCUGCUGCCAGCCCACCCGCAGCGGGUCCAGCUGUUGUGAGUCCACCUGCUGCCAGCCCUGCUGUCCCCAGACUCGCUGUCAAACCACCUGCUCUAGGACCACCUGCUACCAACCAACCUGUGUGACCAGCUGCCGCCUUUCCUGCUGCCCCACUCCCUGCUGCCAGCCCACCUGCUCUGAGUCCAGCUGCUGUGGACAAACCUGCAGUCAGUCCAGCUGCUGCCAACCUUGCUGCCCCCCAGCUUCCUGUCAAACCAUCUGCUGCCAGCCAGCUUGCUCUGGACCCGUGUACUGCCGGAGAACCUGCUACCACCCUACCUGCGUCUGCCUGCCUUGUUGCCAAGCCCAGAGCUGCGGAUCCAGCUGUUGCCAGCCUUGCUGCCGCCCAGCCUGCUGUGAGUCCAGCUGCUGCCAGCCUUCCUGCUGCUGAUCACCCCACCAUAGAAUCAUGUGACACAGAUCAACCUUCUGACAACCAACCUGUCAGCUCUCCAUUACUGCCACUGCCUCUGUCCAGCAUGCUGCCGCCAUCUUUCUAUUAGUCAUAUUCUUGAUUAAAAGGCUCUGUGAAUAGGUGUAGUAAGACGCAGUCAACUUCAGUCUAAUUUUCUUCAUCUUUAUUUGCUGUUGAUCUCUGUGCCAGCUGCAGGUCUUAGGUCUCCCUGACCUAUGGUAACUGUGUCAGCCUUGCAAAAAUGAUCACCAUUUUCCCUCUAAGUAACCUACAGCACAAAUUCCUGUGACAGUUUUCUUAGGUUUUUCCAUGUUUACUAUUUCUCCAUAAUCAUUUCUUCUAGUGGACGCAUGGUUCUUCUCACUUCUUCUUCUUCCUGGUUACUUUGCAUUGCCUUCCCAGCCUUGGGGAAGCUUCUCUGCUUCUUUCCCAAUAAAGUCUUUGCUAUCUUCCA